AUGGAGACUGUUAGACGAGCGCAGGGGUGCUGGACCUGCAAACGACGUAAGAUCGGAUGUGACCGCGGCUAUCCAGCCUGUAACAACUGCCUUCGCACCGGGAGAGAAUGUUUAGGCUACGGGAUCCGUCUCGCGUGGCCAGAUCAGCCCGACGGUAGACGUAGAUUAACUCGCCUUCCGGACCACACGAUCCACCAUCACGAAAUUGAUCCCAAGUAUUAUGGAAAACAGUUUCUGAAUGUGACUUACUCCGACUUAGCUCUUUCUAGGAAAGGUAUAUCGCCUAUUUGCCUAUCGAUCAUUCGUGCUCAGCCGCGGCCGGGACGAUGUCUCCCUUUAUUCACAAAUCUUCAUGAGAGGGAGUCUCAUCUUAUUAACUACUAUCAGAAUAAGUUGUCUCAGAUGAUAUCCACAAUUGACAUCAACAAUGGGUUCCGCGACGAUUUGCUGCCUAUGGCACUCUCAAACAUUGGCAAUGCUUCCAACGGUCUUCGAAAUGCCAUGCUUGCUGUAGCCGCUUUUCACCUCUGGGGUUCGGAAGAAGCUCUUUCCUAUAAAGCCGAUGCCCUUCGAUCCCUAUCUUCUUCUCUAUCGAGCGAGUCUAUUGGUAUAACCGAGACGCAGCUAGCUACGUCAAUGAUGCUCUGUGUUUACAAUGUCUUCGACGAGACCGAAGGUAAUUGGAACCUACACCUUCGCGGAGCCCAAACUAUUCUUCAGAAGCUCGCCAGUAUCCACGGUGGGCAGUUAAAGUACGGCUUCUUAUACACGUGGUUCCUUUACCAUGAAAUUUUGGGUGGUUUCAGUCAACCACUUCAGUAUGGGAGAUGUCCGGCAUCUCUGCAACUUCUAUAUGACACGGACUUUGAUAAAUCUUUGAUCAUAGGAUCGCUCGGAUGUUCCGUAGAGGUUAUGGAGAUCAUUAGCUACGUAAACGGACUGCGUGCUCUCGAGCUUCGGGGCGCGUCCCUAGACUUUAGCCCGGAAGAACGUGCUCGGAGGGCCGACGAAUGGCAUGAAAUCGAGAGCCGAAUAACGAACCUUGAACAGCAUCUAGAUCCCCUUGAUGCGAACCAUAUACCACCGAUAGAGAGGACUCGAAUUCUAACGACCGCCGAGCUUUAUCGUAUUGCGGCCUUGCUCUACUUACAAAGAACAGCCGAAUGUACACAUACCCAAGAUCUUAGGUCAGUGUACUUGGAAUACGCGUUCGCUGCAUUAAAGCGCCUCGAUGUCUGCACGAGUCCAUGGCCGCUUUUUGUUAUCGCUUGCGAAACUGAAGAUGAUCAACAGAGAAUAAGGAUCCUUCAGACACUCGAUAAAAUGGACAACGAACGGCACAUUGGAAAUGUGUUCGUUCUACGUGAUAUAAUCGAGUCAUACUGGAAACAGCAAGAUCUCCAGGCCGACAGCGGCCGAAUCUCUAAUACUAAAUGGUGGAACGUUGUCAACUUAGAUAUCGCUGCACCUUGGUGUAUUUGA